UUGAAUACUGAAAAAGAUAUUAAUGACCUUCGUGAUAAAGUAUUAACUAACAUUAAGAGAAAACGGAAAGAGAAGCAAACCGAGGAACAAAUAAAUGAAGAGGGAAAAGGAAUUGAUGAGGCAACCGGGCAGGAUCUGAUAAACAAAAUUAAAAACGUUGAAAGUCAUGAGGAGAACGCAGAAAAUACCAAAGAGUUGAUUAAAGAUAUUGUUGAAGCCGCAAUGACUAAACGCGGAGUUAGCGAGGACGAAUUGGGAACAGAAGAAAAAGAAUUAUUCACCAAAAUAAAAAAUAAAGAAAUUAAUGAUAAGGACCAAUUAAAAACUGCCAAAAAUACUUUGGUGGAAUUUAUCGGUAACAAAGAUGCUGAGAAAAGAAUUGAUAAUUUACGGAAGGAAGUAGAAGCCGCUCGUAAUUCGGAUCAGAAAAAUGCGGUCAGAGAGAAAUUAAAAAAAUUAAAGGCGGAAGAUAAUACUUAUAUCAAGAAGCGAGAAGCCGACAUCGAAAGCCUACUGACAAAAUUAGAAAGUAGUACGGAUGAUACCACUGUUGGUGUGGUGCUGGUAAUGAGAAAGAAAAAGCAAAAAGAAAUUAGAGAUUUAGAGGAUUACGCCCAUAUUGAUGCUGGAAAGACCACUACCACCGAAUCCAUGCUUUAUUUAGCCGGAAGAAUUCGAGCGGUGGGGACAGUGCAUGAAGGCACUGCCAAAAUGGAUUUUAUGGACCAGGAGCAAGAGCGGGGAAUUACCAUUCAAUCCGCUGCCACCAAUUUUCGAUGA